ACCCCGAUCCCCGCGCGGUGGCGUGGCGGUGACGUCACCGCGCUGGGGGGUGCGGGGCGGGGCCGGAUGUCAAUCACCCGCAGCGGCCAAUCAGAGCGGGAGGCUCCCUGGCUCUUGGUCCCUCCCUCUCAAUGACCCCUGACUCCACCCCUUGACCCCGCCUAUUCAUGAACCAGACCACCCUUUGACCCCGCCCACCACCUCCUCGUGACUCCAAUCCUGUCUGCCCCUUGACCUCUACCCACCCGCUCAUGACCUUGACUCUGCCCCUUGACCUCUACCUACCCGCUCAUGACCUUGACUCUGCCCCUUGACCCCAAUGUCUCAGGACUUCAACCCAGAUCCUCAACCACCUCCUUGUGACUCCAACCUUGCCCCUUGACCUUACCCAUGGCCCUGUCCACGACCCUUGACCCCCCCACCCUGCCCCUGACCGUCCACCCUGCACCCCACCCUCUCAUGACCCCACCCUGCACCCGUCCCCUGCUGCCUGUGACCCCACCUCGUGCUCCACCCCCACCCAUGGGCCCCUCAGUGGAUGGAGGGGUGUUUCUGUGUGUGGGUGGGGGGAGGUAACUGUGUGGGCUCCAGCCAUGUCCACCACAAGGAGGGCCCUGAUUGGAGUGUGCCAGCUCACCUCGACCGCAGACAAGGAGCACAACUUCAGGCAGUGCCGGCAGCUGGUGAGGGAGGGAGCAGCCCGAGGGGUCCGCAUGCUGUUCCUGCCCGAGGCCUUCGAUCACAUCGCGCCCAGCACCGAGGAGACACUGCACCUCGCCGACAGCCUGCAGGGCGAGCUGGUGGGGAGGUACCGGCAGCUGGCCAGGGAGACCGGACUCUGGCUGUCCCUGGGAGGGUUCCACGAGCGAGGGCCAGACUGGGCCCAGGACCGGCGAAUCUACAACACCCACCUCCUGCUCGAUGACUCGGGACAGACUGCUGGACUCUAUCGAAAGACCCACCUGUUCGAUGUGGAUCUCCCAGGGCAGGUCUCGCUCAAAGAGAGCAGCUUCACCAUCCCGGGACCACGGAUUGAGCCUCCCGUUACAACCCCAAUUGGGAAGAUUGGACUUGCUAUUUGUUAUGAUCUUCGGUUCCCAGAAAUAUCUCGGGCCCUUGCUGAUGCCGGAGCAGAAAUUCUCACAUUCCCAUCAGCUUUUACAUUAACGACUGGCAUGGCACAUUGGGAGCCUCUCCUGCGGAGCAGGGCCAUCGAGACGCAGUGCUACGUGGUGGCUGCUGCCCAGACCGGCCGUCACAAUGACCGGCGCUCGUCCUUCGGACACUCCAUGGUGGUGGACCCCUGGGGAUGUGUGGUGGCCCAGUGCGGACAGGGUCCUGGUCUCUGCUGCGCCGAGAUCGACCUGGACUACCUGCAGCGGGUGCGCCGACAGAUGCCCGUGAUCCAGCACCGGCGACACGACCUGUACAGGACGGUGGGUGUCCACCCGCACUCGGGGGCAGACCUCUGACACUCUGCCCGGCUGGCUGGAGCUCCCUCCUCACUGGCUGUUCCCCAUCUGCUCUCCUCAUACACUCUCUGACCACCAGAACUGUCCGUGUUCGUCAGAUCGUCCCCCCCGCCGCUGUCAAUAAAGGAAGUGUUAUCAGGGGCUCUCUGUUUGAGACUG